AGAAACUAUUAAUGUAUCUAGUACGAGAUUAUCAUGUAACUAGAAAACAAAUAUGGCGACCGAAGCGCAGAUGGAUGAAAGUGAACGAAAGAUAGUGAAUGAAUUUUGUCAUUAUCUAGAAAAAUCUAAACAACUAUUCAAUGGUCUGAGGGAUCUUCCACAAUAUGGCCACAAACAAUGGCAGUCUUAUUUUGGCCGCACAUUUGAUGUCUACACGAAACUUUGGAAGUUCCAGCAGCAGCACAGGCAAGUACUUGAUACAAAGUAUGGCCUGAAAAGAUGGCAGAUUGGGGAGAUUGCAUCAAAAAUUGGACAACUCUACUAUCACUACUAUCUACGAACAAGCGAGACCAACUAUCUCAAUGAAGCCUUUUCCUUCUACUCAGCUAUUCGCAUGCGGGCAUACUACUCCAAAGCCAGCAAGGAGGAAAGGUUGCUUUUGAUGCAAUACAGGCCAGACCUAAUGGUGAAGAAAUUGCGGUACUAUGCACGUUUCAUUGUGGUAUGUCUACUGCUAAAGAAAAUGAAGCUGGUUCGUGACUUGGUGCGGGAACUGGCAAAGCAAAUAGAUGAUUACACUGGUACUUAUGAACCAGAUGACCAGAUGGAGUGGAAUCUUGUACUGGGUGAAAUCAAAUCCUUUAUUGAGGCUGACAACAUUAUCAACGUAGUGGACAUGGACUCCUCAUCUAUUGUCCUCUCACAUCGCUUGACCCCUCUCAAUACACCACCGCUUGAGAAAGGAGCACCAGUAUAUCUCACUCUCCAGGAAAUUCUCAUUGUGGGCAACUGCCACGAGCAGGUCAAGUUCAGUGAGCUUACACUGGACAUGUUCAGGAUGCUGCAGACACUGGAGCGCGAGCCACAGGAUGAACUUGUCACUCAGACGUUUGACACAUCCCCAGCACCUGGGCGACCACCUUUCCGUGACCUGCCACCUCAGUCUUCAUUGGAGAAUGGAGAGCGCAGUGGUGCACGAGACAACCCACACAAGUACCUGCUUUACAAGCCCACAUUUGGCCAGCUCAACACAUUCCUAGCUUCUGCUUUCAAAGAGCUGCCUCCUAAUGGGGCUAUGCUGCUUUAUAUCUCAGCUGAUGGUUCCCAUGGAAACCAGAAGCACACUGAUGAUGCUGCCUAUGACUUGGGAGGGGUGAUAACCAACAGUCGUCGGGAUGGUGAGGAUCCCACAAAGUCCAAGCGCCCUGGACAUUUGAAAGAAAUACACUGUUUGCAUCCUGGUGACCUAUACCCAUACACACGCAAACCUCUAUUUCUGAUUGUGGACAGUGAUAAUAGCUCAGCCUUUCAGAAUUUUCCAAAUUUGUUUGGACAGCCAUUGGUUUGCCUCUUAUCUCCAGACCAAGUGCCUAGUAAUAUGCAAGACCAGCACCAGAAAGGGAGCCUGUUCACAAUGUUUCUACACUGUCCCUUGAUGGCACUUUGCUUUGUCUGCAAGAUGGGCGAUGUUCCAGUCACUUUGUGGGACAAGUGCCAGGCACAAGUGGAUAAGUUCAUGGCAGAAGCUUCACGCCUCUUUGCCCGCUCACGCAAGCUAGAUCAUUCCUACAUGCAGUUCUUUGGUGAUGAUUUUCUGCGACUGUUGCUUCUUCGCUUUGUCUUCUGCUAUAUGGUGCUUAUCUUGCACAAAAGCUUCAAGGGACCUAGCUACUACCCAAUAUCACAUCCACCGCUGCCUACAGAGGAGGUUCUGGAGCAUCCAGCAUUGUACCGCAUAGUCCUGGAGCUGGCAAGCCUGCUGGAAGUCCGCAGUUUGUUUGCUGAGCCUGGCGAAGCUGACAUCAGUGCAUGACCUUAGUUCACCUUAGCCUUGGUGUUCAUGUUACGGUCAUUCUUUGUAUCAUUAGCAUUCACCAUUAGCCAUUUUGCUCUUCUGGAGGUCUUCGGACAGCCGUCACCAUUCUUGUCUUUGAAAUUUCCCACCGAAGAAUAGUUGGUUGACGGUUGAUUUUGUUUGUUGUUUGUUUGUUUGGAUGUGAGAUUGGUGUGGUAGCAUUUUGAAGUGGAAAGGUUCAUGGACAAUAGGAUUUAGAUGAUGUUGAUUGAAACAGUUUGUCUUGAUGUCCACUGACAACGAUUUGUGUUUUGGACAGCUUAUUCUUAGUACCACCAGACAUUAGUGCUUACUGUACCUGUGACAUCAUCUUCCUAACAGGUUGUGCAGACAGAAUUCUUACGAUGUGGCAUGUGAAUGGGUUCUUUGAAAGUCUUUGUGUGCCAUAUUAACACCUUGAUUUCUCUGGCAGGCAGCAGGGCUUUGGAAUGCUGUUACUUUUGUUACUUUGGAAUGUUUUUUUUUUUUUUGUCUUCAGAAAGCAAUUUGCAGCAUUUUACAUUUUGUUUACAUUACUGGUUGUGUCACCACUCUCUUCACUUUUUCUGUCAUGAAACCUUUUUUUUUUUUUUUUUCAAAGAAAAGGCCACAGCACGUGUUGCAGCAGUCUAGAAGAACAUCUUUUAAAGAAACUGAUAGCCAUUACCAUGGUAGUGUUUUCACGAUAUUAUGACAUAAACAUCCUUCACAAGACUGUAGUGAUGACUAAACAUUUAUGAACUUCUAGAGUCUCUAGACUCAGUCUAGACUAUAAAUUCAAUUUCACUGCAUUUUUUCAAAGUGUUUUUCAGCUGUCACUGGCCUUACGGCUACAGCACAGAUUAUCUAAAAAAAUAACUCUUUCUGUACCUUUUAUUUAUUAAAUUUUUUGUAAUAUAUUAAAAUGUGUGCUUUUUCGGAUAACUUUUAAUACAUUACAAUAAACGCUUUUUCAGAUAGCUUGCCAGCUUCAUUACACACCUUUUACUCUCUUCCUCACAACUACCAUUCCUCUUAAGGCUUUCCCUACAAAAAUUACUCAUUUGCACCUAGCAGCUAGUAAAAUGGGGUCAUUCUUUUAAUGACAUGGAUGGUUUAGCUUUGGCAGUAGGUGGAUACAUUGCCACCUUGAUCAGUCAUUCAUAAACAUUAUAAAUAGGUGUUUCAGUGUGUGGAGACUGGAGAUCUGUAUGACAGAUGCCAGAAUUGCAAGCUUCAGACUUUUUCAGAAGCAGGUGUGAGUGUGCGCAUGUGUAUCUGUGCACGCAAGUGAAAGAGACAAAAAGUGUAUUGUAAAAUUUGUUUGUUUUUUACAUUAUUUAAAUAUUUGAUUUUUGUGUUUUAGAUAUACUGUGCGUUUAUUUAUUGUUAAGCAUGACUGAAGAUAUUUAUUUUACAUAUUUAAAUCAUUUUGUUUAGAUUUUGUUAUCUCUUUUUCUGAGCAGUUUUUGCUUUACUCAAGUCACAUUCCGUGAUAGGAAGUGGGUUUUUUUUCGGUCCACACAAACACUUGCAUUUACAUCAAUGUGUCCAGUAUAACAGCAUAAACAUUCUCUUUGUUUACUGUGUCUUUUGUUUAUUACUUCUAGUGAGAUGUAUCAGCCAUAUAACAUAUCCCCAAUAACAAGCUGUGUUACUGUUUGUAAUGUGAUGUUUUUUGAAAUUUUUACUUAGACCUUUUCAUUAUGGUUAUUGAUUUCUUGAUGUAUUUAAGACUGUGUAAUCUAUAACUUCACUUGAGGGACCUAUGUGCUUAUAAGAUUGAAUGUGACAAUGCAAAUGUUUAUUCUUGUGCUGUUAAUUUAACUGGAGAAGAAAAUAUGACUACCAAUAUGGAAAGGGGAGGAGAAAAAAAAAUGCAAAAAAGUGAAUUUUGCUGCUGGAAGCCAUUUUCACCAGAAAAGAUUAGACACUGUUGAGAUGCAGAUCGGGAACCAGGGUGCUGAGAAGGCCAGUGGAACAAUGCUGUGUAUGUGUGCAUGAAAGAUACAGAGAAAGAGAGAAACUUGCGGAUUUUUUUUUUUUAAAUAUCAGAUCAAUCUCAGACUGGCAUCUAAUUUACACACAGCAAGGUCUGGAGUCUGUCAUGAUGCAUAUCUUAAAUUAUUAAUGGCCUUUUUGAGAUCAUGUUUGGAAAAAGAAUUACCAGUCAAUCCACCAACAAAUUUUAGUUGUUCUUAUGUAGGCUAUCACCCAGCUCUUCAGAUUGUACUUGUUUUAUGUUGUGACUUUCAUUUCAGGGUUGUCUCAUUUCAUGGUUAGUUAAAUAUUUCAUGUUGAGAUCAGCGAUUGGCCAAUAAGAACUCGCAUUUGGCUUUUACUCAUUAGCAACCCUAAAUAUAAUACUGAGUUGCAGGGAUCCUGGGGAGGUGGAAAAUGAUGUUUUAUGCUGAGCCAGCAACUAUGGCUAUAUCGCAUCCAAAUAGCUAGCUCUGUAAACAAUUAGUGCCACAUGCAGAGAAAGAACAGCAUGUCUGAGACAAGAUCUGAACCCAGGACAAGAUCUGUACGGUAUUGAUGACUGACAGGCACCUUACCUAUGCACCACCUGACAACGCAAGAGAAUGACAGAAAUAACAUUUGCAGAUCUAGAUAAGGUCUAUAGCGGCAGUCUUGUUGCAGAGCAGGUCAAAUGAAAAAGAGAAAAUUAGGUAAUAUAAAUGCAAGUAUUGUCACUUUUUUAAAUUUUAGUUUAUUACUGUUUGAAUUUAUUACUAUAACAUAAUUAUCCAGAUUUUCAUUUUUGACGAUGUAUUAGACACAUUCUUUUUCAUGGAAGAAAAAAAAAGGAGUUAUGUAUCAUGUAAAGUGUUGAACUUGUGUACACAUUCAUUAUGUAAAUAUAUUUAUUUAAUGUUUUAGCACUUCACAGCUUGUCACCCUUUACAGAUAACUGUGCUUUUUACUGCUUUUUGUAAGAAGUGAAAAUUCCAAGAAAUAAUGUAAUGAUAUGGGAAAGAAAUAGAUGUAAAUAUGAGAAUGUGUGAAUUUGGUUGGGGAGAAAUCUGUUUUCUGGCACGCAAAGAAAACCAGUAAGUUAAUAAAAAAAACAAAAAAAACAACCUGAAAUGGAUCUAUUGAUUGGGGGAAAAUAUUCAUGUCACAUAGUAUCAAUGCAAGUUUGAUUCUUAUACAAGGAUCUAACCCUUUAUUAUGCUCAGCUGAUGGCCACAUUACAGAAAUCCUAUCCCUUUUUCCAGUAUGUUAUUGAAUACUGUGUAUUUGUUUGCUUUCUCAUUUUAUUUUUUCUCUCGUCUGGGUUUGCUUAUUGUUCGCAAUUUUGUAUGUGUGGGUGUUGAUAUGCUUAUAUUGGUGUGAGGUGUGUUUGUGUACUUGUAUGUGGGAGACAUGGUGUAUGUGCAUGCAUGUGUGUAAGAGAGGAAAAUGUGAAUUUAAUAUCAAACAAAACCAUUAUCAGCUUAAUUGUUUGUCUUGGUUUUUAUUAUUUUUCAACAUUUAUAGAUGUUCACAAUACUAUUAAAAUCUCAAUGUUAAAUUUGCUUAAUUUUUUCACAUGCAUUCUUGGAAAGAUGUACAAAAGUGUCCCUCAUUUAUACUUUAUAUAAAUCUUUAACAUUUCUUGCCUCUUUCAACAAUAUAUCUAGUCAAUGCAAGUUUUGGAUCAGCUCUUAUUUCAUUUGCUGUUGAUUGCCCAUUUUGUGAAAAAAAUGUACAAUUUAUACUUUUAGUCAUAAAUUAUAGUAAAUCUUGUUGAAAAUGUCA